GCCGACCUCGUUCGCCAGCUCCUGGUUGUCGAAUCGUCUCCCUUCGGAGAUGCAUCAUCUUCGGAGAAGAUGGAGUGGAACUCUUCGGCUCUUUCCAGCCACCAAGGGAUGUUUUUGUUGAGGCGAGCUGGCGCAGAAAUCAGGGGUCUGAGUCUCCAGUGCAAAGUGCUGAGAAGAGCAAAGUCUUUGCGCUCAGGAUUUUCCGGGUCACUGCUGUCCUCUCGUCAGCAUCUGGAGAGCUCUUGGCACGCGAUUCUCGUCAACGGGUCUCCAGAGUGUGGCUCCGCGGGAUGGACGGCGCGAGGGACUUCAGCACUCUGGACAGCUCCUCCGCCGAACCGCUCCAGAGGCUGAACUAAAUGCUUUUGUUCACGUCCAGCUUUCCUUUAAGAAAACUCAUCCCCCUACUGAGUAUGGGUCGUCCCCCCCAGAGCCUCAAAGAGUUAUCCAAGCCUUUUCUUGCUUUUUUCAAAGAAAUCUUAUGAGAUGGCUUGUUUGCUACACAUCCCUUGAAGAGCCAAGGUGUUAAGACGUAAACCUCAGGACCCUGGAGAGCUCCCGCAGGUGCCGAAACUUUGAGAAGAGACCCCCAGGAAGCAGUGUUGUGUUGUUGCUUUCUCCUCAGCUGAAUUUAAAGGCUCUCUGUGUUGCAUAGAUGAGUUCUUAUUUUGUGUGCAAUGCCUGUCAGAGAGCUGUUCUAGUCUAGAAACCUGGUGCUAAGCUUCACUUUAAGGUGUUCUAUUAUUAAUUUUUUACUCUUUACUACAGCACCUCCCCGCUCCCAAUGUCACUCCACACUUUGAACUUCAUUAUAAAUCUUUAUACUUUGGCUGAAAGUCUGCUCCGGAUUCUUCCACCCAGCCAGCCUUUAAUCCUCUCCGUCUCCCUUCUGUGGCCCCCCCAUUCCGAGAGAUUUAGGACAAGGGUUCAUCCAUAACGCAAACAAUCCAGCUCUUUGGUGCUGUUUGGGAUUUGCAGUUAGGAGAGAGGCAGGACGGGGUCUGGCUUGAGCAUGCUAUACAAACGCUGCCACAUCAGUCAGCUGCAGUAUUAAAAGAGGAAAGCAAGCAAAAGACUGAAUGUUCUGUUUGGAGGUGAAAGGGGAGCAUCUUCACCAAAAAAAAAAUUGGCAUCAAAAGGCGGGGGGAAGCCCUUCUUGGACAUCCCCAUCACAACUGACUAUUCUUCACACAAGCAUUUCUUCCCUGUGCAGCUAAGAGUGAAAGAAAGAAAGACCCCCAUCCUUUUGGGCAUUGCCACAUCUGGCGGGGAUUUAAAGGCUUAAAUCCAGCCUUCGCUGCAAUCCACAAUGGCAAAUGAACCAGUGAUUUUGAAUGUUUAUGACAUGUACUGGAUAAAUGAAUACACUUCCACGUUGGGCAUUGGAGUCUUCCACUCUGGGAUUGAGAUCUAUGGCAGAGAGUUUGCCUAUGGAGGGCAUCCCUACCCUUUCAGCGGGAUUUUCGAAAUCACACCAGGCAGUGCCGUGGAGCUUGGCGAGACCUUUAAAUUCAAAGAAUCCAUUGCCUUGGGCACUACAGACUUUACAGAAGAAGAUGUGGAUAAAAUCAUGGAGGAACUGGGCAAGGAGUACAAGGGCAAUGCCUACCACCUCAUGCACAAGAAUUGCAAUCACUUUUCAGCUGCUCUAGCAGAGAUCCUGUGUGGGAAGGAAAUCCCCCGCUGGGUGAACCGCCUGGCCUACUUCAGCUCCUGCAUUCCCUUCCUGCAAAGCUGCCUGCCCAAGGAAUGGCUGACUCCAGCAGCCCUGCAGAGCCACAUCAGCCUUGGCCUCCACAAGGAAGAGCAGGGAGACACCACUGAUGAGGAAUCGCCGUCCACUUCCGCAGCGGCCUCCGCCUCAGGCCCUUCACGGACCUGCAGACACACGAGGGUCUGAACUGUGCCUGGCCGAGCCGCCCUGCCGAGCCUCUGCCUCUGCCCCAUUGCCUGGUCACU